UGGAAAGUAGGCUAGCCCCACGCAUUGGCCGCGUUGAGACUGUGGGGUGGGAGAAGCCUAUGCUAAACGCUGCUUCGUUUUCAAAUUACAAAUAAGGAAAACAACAGUGGCCCAUUCACGAUUCGAGACUCAUACCAGGAAAUAUCAAGAAAUACAUUCACGCCUGGAAAUUCGAAAGAAAGUAAACGUAAUUUGACUUUGAACUAAGGAGACAGACGACUGGCGAGACAGACGUCGGAGAAUAUACGCAACUGGUAGCCUUGUGUAGUUUUAUUUUUAGGCGGAAUGCCUGCAGGUUACUCCGUACGCAGGACACACUAAAAUGGUUCAAUAGCCUAAACAACUCUUGAACUGUCCUUACAAUUAAGAAUCUGAAGAAUUAAGAUUAGGGUUGGCUAUGGGCUGGAUUUUGUGCACCAUUGUCCACAUUUAGUUAUAUUCCUAUUGAAUUACGUUUAUCCAACCCACAGUUUUGCUUCCUAAAUUGUAAGGCUACAGUAUUGAUCCUAUAUAUGGCAUCAACUGAAUAGAGUAGACUAGUGUGUCUGGUUUACCCUAUCGCCGGAGUAAAUUAGUGAUUUAGGCUAUAUAGGCAAGUCAGUGCAGGACAGAUUCGCGAAACUUUGUAUGUAGAACGGUAGAGUUUCUUGGGUCAUUGUAGCUUAAGUCUUUAUGUGUUAUCAAAGCUGAUCCUCUUGGAAUUCUUCUAAGACUGCUCACCAACCAUUCUUUUGAGAAUCGCCUCCGCAGUCUCUUGGAUGCGUCGGGAAGGGAUAAUAGGUUGGGUCGCCGAGGCGGAGUUAUAGGGGCAUGUCGUCAUUGUGAACAAAAGCUAUCUGAAGGUGAUAAGUGAAAGGAAUACACGCGCUUCACUAGUUUAACCUAGGCUACUUCACUAUCUUACGGAACGUGAGCGGAGGGCAUCGCGCGGGCUGCUGGCUGGGCGACCUUUCUUCACAGUGGAAAAGAUUUCACUCAAAGGGACUGUAUAGGAGCUUCCGUCCCACGGUAGUUGGUCAACUGCCACUCGUUUUUUGCAACGAACCUUUGCGACCCGAGACGGAUUAUAGGCUCCUGACAUUAUCUUUGUGGGACUGCAGACAAUGGGAAUCCGUACGCUCCUUAUUGCGUGUUCGGUGCUUGCUGGAGUGGGCCUGGCCCAGAGGGUCGUGACGGUGCAGAGUGGGCCGCUGGUACGGACGGAGGGCUCCCACGUGACCAUCUGGUGCAACGUGACUGGCUACAAAGAGGGGGUGGAGCAGGACUUUGAGUGGUCCAUGUACCUGACGUCGGUGCCAGACCGGGAGAUCCGUAUCGUCAGCACGGCCCAGUCAAACUAUGCCUACGCCGUGUACGCCCAGCGCGUCAACAGCAAGGAGAUCUACGUGGAGCGCCUCAGUCAGGAUUCGGCCCUGCUCCACAUCACCAAGGUGCAGACCAGAGACCAGGGCCUCUUCGAGUGCUACACCCCCAACACCGAUGGCCAGUACUUGGGCUCCUACAGUGCACGCACCAACCUCACAGGUAAGACUGCUAGAAAUGACGUGCGCACCCACACACACACACACUGAGAUAGCUGGCACUGGUCCUCGAAAGAUCCUCACUCUCCAAC